GCUCAGAAAUAGCGAAGAACUUGCACAAUAUUGCCCAAAACAUUAUCAGGGAGGGGUCACGUGACCCGCCUCGACCAAUCAGAAGCCCAGAAAUUUCAAAGGAUUUUUCGCUUCCAACCACCUCAAACAGGCCGUUGGAGUAGCUGCGUAGCCAUUGCUGAUUGUGCGAGAGAAAGAUCGUUGUUUUUUAAAUCCGAAAUCAUCAUGUGUAAAUAUAACCAUCCGUCAUUUCGGAAGCAUUAGCUGAAUGCAGCAAACUUCAGAUCAGGGUACUGAAAUACUAUUUUCCCUGAAAGUAAAGGAUGUAUGAUGUUAUGUGAAUUCUCCCCCCCGAGGACGACUCCCUAGUCAGAAGACGGCGACUGAAGCAGGGGAAAGCUUUACUUAGUGAAUUCUGGUUCAAAUCUUUUGAAGCCACGCCCACGAUCAAUGCUAAUCGUGGUAUGUGUUGUGUAGUGUAAUUUAGUGAUGAAAUUCACCCCCAGACCUAUAGUUCUGACGAAAACUCAAAGUGGAAAGGUUCAGUGCCCAAGAUUCUGAGUUCUGUUCCUAAGCCUGCCCGCCAUGUUGAAGACCGUAGAAGCUCAGUGGUAAAAUUUGUCAAUUUUACGUAGAAGAAGCUCUCAAAUCGCAUUUCGUUAUGCGAAAAUUGUGAGAAGUUUGGUUCGUGUGUCUUUUGAACUAUAAAUUGUUGUGUAUUUUGAUCUUGACGUUUGACCAUCGUCAAACUCCGAGCUCAACGGGCUUUGAGCCUGGCUAGCUGGCUGGCUUUCUACUCGUCGAGUCUGUUUUUGGGCGUCGGGUGCAGGCAGGACUUGGUUGAAUAUACCCAGUUUAAUUUCACUGAGACUCGUCACCACACAGGAUGUAUGCCAGUGGUGUUGAGUACAUUUUGUGUGAACUGGAACCGUGAGGUCUUCGCUGCAUAUUUUUCUUCUCACCCCAAGUUCUUAACAAGGCCUAACAAUGCAGGAGGUGGAUGGAAUGCCUCAAAACAACGCUUCUGUCACUAAAGACAGGGAGAUACGAAUCUGCACAAUGGGCAAGGAUUCGGGUCCAAGGCCAGAGGUUAGGGAACCUCCACCACGUGAGGAGCCUGAUAUUGAACCUACCAACGGAGUUGUCCAACCUCCAGUUAUUCCACCACCUCAUCGCCCCGGCCGAGUCACUAACCAACUUCAGUUCUUACAGAAGAUUGUUCUCAAAGCUCUGUUAAAACAUCAAUUUGCAUGGCCUUUCCAUCAGCCAGUUGAUGCUAAAAAACUAAAUUUACCUGAUUAUCACAAAAUAAUCAAAAGACCUAUGGACCUGGGCACUGUAAAGAAACGGCUGGAAAAUAACUAUUAUUGGAGAGGAAAAGAAUGCAUUGAGGACUUCACCACAAUGUUUUCCAACUGCUAUAUAUACAACAAACCUGGGGAGGAUGUUGUAGUCAUGGCUCAGACCUUAGAGAAACUGUUUCUCACUAAAAUGUCAGCCAUGCCUAAGGAUGAAGUUGAAUUGGAAAUCCCUACACCGAAGUCAGCAAAAGGAAAGAAAACUUCUGCCCCUCGACCUCCUGGAGCUGUUAUGACACCGUCUGCACCUGCAGCUGCUACUCCCCCUCCAGCAGCAGCAAUUGCAGCUGCAGCCGUUGUCCCACCCAACAUGGCAACACCCAAGCGACCAACCCCAGCUCCCGUCACAAGUUCUGUACCUGCUGUUCUACCAGUCCCAAAUUCCAUGCAUAAAAACACUGUUCCUGGUCCUCCAAUCACAAGCACUGCUCCACCAAGGCCUCCUAUUGCUACUGGUGCUCCAUCCACCAUUCCAGGAAGCACUGCUACAACCACAGUACCUACAGCUCUUCCUUCUGGCACGCACAAUUCUCUACCUAAGCAAGUUGCCCCACCUCCAACUGGUGCCUACCAUCCUCAACCUCCUGUGGGCAAUCAAACAAUGGCUGUUGUAAGCCCUCAGGUUUUACCUGGGAAGGGUGUGGCGGCACCACAGGUUAUACCCCCUGCACAACCUGCCAAAGUCAAAAAGGGAGUUAAAAGAAAGGCUGAUACCACCACCCCAACUACAACAGGAUUGGAUCCUAUGUUUACACCAAUUGAUGCUAAAACUGCUAAAAUUAACUCAAGAAGAGAGUCAGGAAGGCAAAUUAAGAAGCCUCAAAGAACAUCAGAAGAUGGACUUCCAUUCCCUCAAGCAUCUUUAACACCUAUGCCACAUGUUCCUGGCCAAGCACCUAUGGGCAGCAAAUUAAAAGAGAAAAUGUCAGAGGGACUUAGGCAGUGCAACGACAUUCUCAAGGAACUUUUCGCUAAAAAACAUUCUGGAUAUGCAUGGCCAUUCUACCAACCUGUUAAUGCUGAAUUGUUGGGCCUACAUGAUUACCAUGAUAUUAUCAAGAAACCUAUGGACCUUGGCACUGUUAAGCAUAAAAUGGACACGCGUGAAUACCGGACACCAACUGAAUUUGCCACAGAUGUGAGAUUAAUCUUUAAUAAUUGUUAUAAGUACAACCCUCCUGAUCAUGAUGUUGUGGCAAUGGCUAAGAAACUUCAAGAUGUUUUUGAAUCAAGAUAUGCUAGAAUACCAGCUGAAGCUCGUGGUGCCAUUACGCCAUCAAUGGACAAAUCAUCAUCUAGUGAAUCAGAAAGUGGAUCUGAAUCUUCAAGUGGAGAAGACUCAGAUUCUGCUUCUGAGCGGGCUAGAAAAGUUUUGCUGCUGCAGGAACAGCUUCUUGCCAUGCAGGAACAAAUGAGGAAACUUGUUGAAGAAACUGUUCCCAAGAAGGUCAAAACUAAGAAGCAGCCCAAAGAAAAGAAGAAAGAUAGGAAAAUGCACAUUCUUGGUGAUGUUAAAGCAAUGGCUAUGGCGAGUUACGCCAAUGACACAAUGGCAGCUAGCAUUGCCAAUGUAGCAAUGGGAGUAGAUGUGAAAACGCCCAUGGAUAUAAAACCUGUUAUGAAUAGAUUACCUGGUGGCCCCCCAGUUGUACCUGCACCUAAACCUCCUAAAGCUAAAAGUGCCAGAGGAACUCCUAAAGUUGCUGGGGCUAAUGCUCAAGGUGCUAAGAGACCCAAGCAAAAUGCGCGUUCUGCCAAUUCCAAGAAGAAAGUGGGUGCUGUACUCCCUGCAGCAUUUGAUUCAGAAGAUGAGGACAAUGCCAAGCCUAUGUCAUAUGAUGAAAAACGGCAGCUAAGUCUGGACAUUAACAAACUUCCAGGUGAUAAACUGGGCCGAGUGGUACACAUAAUUCAAUCUCGGGAACCUUCUCUACGGGACUCCAACCCGGAUGAAAUAGAAAUAGACUUUGAGACUCUGAAGCCAUCAACUCUCCGAGAACUCGAAAACUACGUUGCCUCAUGCCUCAGGAAAAAGCCACGUAAGGCAUACUAUAAAAAGGUUUCUGGAAAAUCAAAAGAUGAGCAGAUGGCAGAGAAGAAGCAGGAGUUAGAGAAGCGUUUACAAGAUGUGUCAGGGGCGUUAGGUCAUCAAAAAAAAGCAAUGAAGAAAGAAGACAGUAAAUCAGGAGAUGUGGCAGGUCCAUCGCAAGCUUCAACGAGUUCGAGCAGCUCUGAUUCGGAUAGCUCAAGCUCCAGCCUCUCGAGCAGUUCCUCUGAUUCGAGCGACUCGGAAGCAGGAGAAAGAAAACGGAAAAAGAAGAAAAGCCGUUCUGGAGGAAAUGAUGAGCCGAACACUGCUUCUAUCCCUCCAUCAUCUGGUCCAGUCCCCACCUUAACAAUGACUACAUCUGGAACAAUUGUCAACAAAACCCAGCCUACUGUCUCCACACCUUCAGCUGUUCCUCCCUCCCCUGCAACUCCCUCUAACGUGGCCUCUGCAGCUACAAAUAUGGUGCCAUCUCAACCCCCUGCCUCCACACCCCAGCAACAACAACAAAUGGUGCAAAACCAGCCUGUACAGCAGCUCAUGCAACCUCAGCAACCCCAGCAACCUCAACACAAUAUGCUCAAUUCAUCUCAAGCCCCUCAACAACCUCAUGGAAUGAAUAAAGGCCUGCCAGCAAGCCACGCAGCAAGCCACGGGCUCAGUCAGCCUCCUCAAGCUGCUAGGCCCGGCCGGCACCCCGGCGCGGCUGUACCCCCUCCGGCCUCCGUGCCUCAGGCGCCGCCUGUGCCCGCGGCGGCCCCCCAGGCGCCCGCUCAGGCGCCCCCUCAGGCCAGGCGCUCUUCUCAGCGCCCCUCCGCAGGCGCAAGUGGCGUCCCGGCCGCUGGGCCCGCCGGGCCGGCGCCCAGCCUAGGUCCUGCCCCUCAGGGCGCACAGGCUCACCCCGCCAACAUCUUUCAUCCCACCGUAGAUGCUGGAGCCUUGCUGGGGCUGAGCAACGAGCCCUUAAAGAGCGAUCCUGAGGGACCGCACGCGACAGCAGCGGCGCUGUCGCAGCCUCACCUGGGGCACCCCAACCAGCACCUCCCCCACCACCAUCCCCUCGGACACCUACCCCCCAUGGCUCCCCUGGGACCAAUGGGCCCCAGCCCCAUGGGUCACAUGGGCCCAAGUCCCAUGUCGACGGGCACACCCACCAUGAUGGGCCCCGGCCUGACGACCAGCCUGGCCACCAGCAUGGCGAGCAUGGCGGGCCUGGCGAGCAGCAUGCCCGGCCCCACCCCGACGCCACCCCCAACCCCCGCGCUCCAGGCGGGACCGGCCCUUGGAGUACCCCUUGGCCAGGGCUCUCACCAGGGUUCCCACCAGGGCUCCCACCAGGGCUCCCACCAGGGCUCUCACCAGGGCUCCCACCAGUCCUCCCACCAGGGCUCCCACCAGGGCUCCCACCAGGGCUCUCACCAGGGCUCUCACCAGGUAUCCCACCAGGGCUCCCACCAGGGUUCCCACCAGGGUUCGCACCAGGGUUCGCACCAGGGUUCGCACCAGGGUUCCCUCCAGAGCUCCCAACAGGGCUCCCACCAGGGAUCUCACCAGGGCUCCCACCAGAGCUCUCACCAGGGCUCCCACCAAGGAUCCCACCCCGCACUCCCCCCUCCCAUGUCCAUGGGCCACAGCCACAGCAAUGGCUACUCCCCCAUGCCCCCCUCCAACAUGAAGAUGGAGACUGGCCUCCCUCUUACGAGCAACGGCAACAACUCUUCGGGAGGGCCCGGCCCGGCCCCCAUGCCAACCGGAAUGCCGUCGGUCUUCGACCCUCCCAGUCCGGACAUCAAGCGAGAGGACAUGUCUCAUGGAGCCCCUCACAAAAAUAUUAACGACAAUUCCUUGAAUCACAACUCAUUACCUUACAUGGAACGAACAAUUACACCACCUGAUAUGAACAACUCUAAACCUCCAGCAGUAGCCAACUUUGCUUCAGCCUUCAAAAGUAAAGACCUUAAAAAUGCCAGUUCUUGGUCUUCUCUAGCACAAUCAUCAUCUCCUCAAAAUGCUAUGUUGGCUGCAAACCGAUCUGCCGACGUAUUUCAGGCUUUCAAGAAACAGGCAAAACAAAAUUCGGACAGGCAAAGGGCCAUCCAAGAGCAGCAAGAGAUCCGUAGACAACAAAAAGAGCUGGCUGAGAAGGAACGUAUUCGUCAGGAAAAUGAACGCAGACGAGGGAAGGAAGAGGAGGAGGCUCUUGAGAAAGCUAGAAAAAGCACUGCGGAGCAUAUUCUCAGUCAGUCAACAGCUGUUGCCAGUGCUGCACCAUCCAUUAAUAAUCCACUUCAGUCUCAUACUCCGCCUACCAGAGUUGAGGAGGUGAAAAUGGUGAAUGACUCCUCAAUGAGCCUGUCCCCUGGCAAUUCCUACAACAUGGAUAAUGCUGUAGCAGAAAGAGAGAGACAACGGAAAAGGGAGCAGGAGAGGAGAAGGAGGGAAGCGAUGGCUGGGCAGAUCGAUAUGAACAAGCAGAGUGAACUGAUGGCUGCUUUUGAAGAAUCCCUUUAAUAAAGACUGCAAAUAGGAAAAAAAAUGAAUGAAAAAGGUGGAGUGUGAAGUGAUGUGAUUUCAUGAAUGUGAUGUGAUGUUGUGGUGAUAUGUAACUCUUGAUCACAAACACAGUUUUUAUUAUUAUCUAAUGCAUUGGAGUAAUCAACAAUUCCACUCAUAGAUAUACCUCAUAUCUAUGCGACAGUGAAGUGAAGUGUUGUUUACAGUGGUAUCAAGAGUCUUUUUUUUUUUUUCCCUAGAUAUUAGACUGUGUGCACUAGUACAAUGAAAAUCUUGUUAUUCUAGGAUUUAAUCACAAAAGUAAACUUAAUGUGAAAAGUUUAUAAGAACUGACAUUACUGGAUGGAUCUAGUUACUCCCAAUUGGGAAUUGUUUGUAUCAUUGUAAUCUAUAUUUUGUAAAUAGUCACCAUUUGAAUUGUAAGUUAUUGUAGUAAAUCAAUCAAUCCUUCCUGCUGCUCUCCAUCAAUUUGUGUACAGCCUAAUCCUCACUGUUAAUAAAAAGCAGUAAUAAUUCUUUUUGUCAAAGGCUCUAAAUUGAGGUUCAUCCCCUUUUAUAUAAUAAAAAUGAAAAAUUUUAAAAAUAUUUUUAUUGUUUAUGUUAGGGUAUUAUGUAGUAGCUCACAUUUCAUUGGAUAAGCAAUAUUUGAUAGCAUGUGACGUUAACUGUAAGCGUGGACAUAUUCUCAUUUAAGCUAAUCAGAUAGACAUGUUAGCUUAAAUGGGGAUUUGCAUCACCAUAAUGCAGUCUUGUUCUCUCUGACGCAAGGAAAUAAUGAAAUAUUUAAACAAGAUCAUGUACACAUUUACAUUAAAUGUUUUUAUUUCCAUUUCUAGUUACAUUCAUUUGCAUGUAAUAAUAAACAUAUGUUUAUAACUAGGUAUGUUCUAUAAUAUUAGAAAAUGUGUCUGAUAAGUGUUGUUUGGUGAGUAUUUCAUGUUAGUUAUUGAGAUUUUGAGUGAAGGUAAAAAUAUACAUCUCUAUGAAAAAAUAACAAUUUUUAAAUAAAAAAACGUAGUGACAAAAUCAAUUAAAAAUGUUAAAUAUAUGCUACAAGUAUAUGUUACUCAGCAUCUAUUUACCUGAGCUUAAUCCAGGAAAUGUAAAAUAAUUGUUUUUACAAAAUUCUGUUAAAGUGCACAUUUUCACUUUAAAACAUUUAAAUCAAGUACUUUGUGCAGUGUUCUUAUGGUUACAUUAAUCAUUUGACGAGGCUCUGCGAUAUUUUACUCAUCAACUUUCCAUUGCCUCUUUACCUCUCAUGCUUUAGCGCAGGACUGACUUUUUGUAAAGAGAGAGAGAGGCGGGCUUCCUUGCUGCAUUGGAGAUGACAGGCUCGCCCCAUGGUGUACCUAUGGUUUUGAGUGACAUGCUGAAGUAUUGGUACCAAUUUGUAUGAUGUGUUUCUUGAGUCAUUUAUGUUAAGAAAGCUUUGGUUUCUGCUUUAUAUCCUGUCCUAUAAAUUAUCUGAAAUUAAGUACAAGGUAGAAGUGUUGGAUAUUGAAGUUGAAUCUUAGUUAUUAUGAUGUUGGGUUGACUCAAAGAUUGCACACUUUUAUGUUCUCAAUCAAAAUUAAUUUAGUUGUUAGAUGAGAUGUGUAGGCUGCCUCAAAUUGAGAAAUCAACCACAUACAAUGCAAGGCAGGUCUAGGAUCUCUUUAUUACUAUUUGGAACCGCAUUGCUAUUUAUUUGGUUGAUACAGUUGACGGGAGAUUGUGGCUUUGAUCAUACUUGUUGGUUUCGCUGUCACAGCAACUGUGUAUUUCUUGUUUUAUUGUUUGUAUAGAAAACAUUGUACAAUUUUUCUUUGUUUUAUAGAAAGAAAUGGUAAAUCUAGUUUUGUAUUGUACUUGUUUGUUUUUGUAUGAACGUUUUAUGUUCGCGCAUCAUGUGCUUAUUGGGCAGACUACUGCGUGCUGGAGUAAAUCACUUGGAAUAAUUAUUAUGUGCUGCUUGUUAUCUUUUCAUUUCAGUUUGAGGUACAUUUUUUUUAAAAAAAGAAAAAGAAAUUGCUCUUUCUGAAGAAAAAAGUAAGCCCCAAUACCAUUCUUAAAGAACCAUUUAUUAAACAAUUUACUUGAUAAACCUGA